AUGUCCGUCACGACGUUGAAUGGCCAACCUACACUUAAUAUCUCCGGUCCCGGCCAGACCGCAAUCUCCCGUCUCGAUCCCUUCAAAAAAGUCUUCACCAAGUUCUUUGCCUCCAUUCCUCAAAAAGUCCGAGGUCAUGUCGUCGCUGUUAUUGGAGAACUCAUUGGCACAACCACUUUCCUAUUCAUCGCCUUUUCUGCAGCAGAAGUCGCUCUCGCCUCGGGGAAUGAUAACAAAGGUGACAAAGUCAUCUACGCCACGAAAUCCAUUAGUACCAUACAAAUAUUAUUCAUAGCAUUUGGAGCUGGAAUAAGUCUGGUGGUUAAUGCAUGGACUUUCUUUCGCAUCAGUGGAGGACUAUUCGACCCGGCUGUUUCUAUCGCAUUGUUUUUCGUCGGCGCAAUCGAUUUGACUCGUUGUAUCUUACUUUGUAUAGCCCAAUGUCUUGGUGCGAUUGCGGCUUCGGCUAUGGCUUAUGGUUUAUUUCAUGGAGGUUUGCAUACGGCAACGACACUCAAGCCUGGAAUGAGCCCGGCACAAGGAGUUAUUCUCGAGAUGAUCCUUACGUGUCAGCUCUGCUUUACAGUUCUCAUGCUCGCGGCUGAAAAACAUGAGGCUACGUUUUUGGCACCGCUGGGUAUUGGAUUAUCCGUAUUUAUUGGAGAACUAGCUGGCGUCUUCUGGACCGGUGGUUCCAUGAACCCCGCCCGCUCCCUAGGCCCCGCAGUCAUAACGAUGAGUUUCCCCAGCUACCACUGGAUCUACUGGGUCGGUCCCAUUGCCGGCGCCGGCCUCGCAAGCAUCAUCUACAAGCUCAUCAAAGCGCUCGAGUACGAAACGGCACAGCUCUCCGAAGGUGAACUGCACGCUCAACCCGCCGACGAUUCGGAAAAAGCAUCGGGUCAUACGGGGCCCUGCGAAUGCAUGUGUUUCAAAGCGGCGGCGCAGAGACAAUCGCCCGUGGCUAGCACGCUGGGGGUGGCGACGGCGGAUAUGGCGACGAAAUCUUCAAGUUUGGUUCCGACGAAAAGUACGAAGAGUGGAGGGUCCGGGGAGACGAAGGAAAAACCAGCGGUGGUGGUGGUGGAGGAACCGGUGAAGGUUCAGCCUCAGCCUAAGGCUGAUGAUGGUUUCUUUGGGGAGAUGUAUGCAGAUUGA